AUGGCCGUGUUGGGCCUGAACCACACUACCAUGUCUGAAUUCAUCCUCGUUGGCUUCUCUGCCUUCCCCCACCUUCAGCUGGUGUUCUUCCUUUUUUUGUACCUGUUCACGCUGCUGGGGAACCUGCUCAUCAUGGCCACCAUCUGGGGCGAGCGCAGCCUCCACACGCCCAUGUACCUCUUCCUGUGCACCCUCUCCGUCUCCGAGAUCCUCUACACCUUCGCCAUCAUCCCGCGCAUGCUGGCCGACCUGCUCUCCACCCACCGCUCCAUCGCCCUCACGGCCUGUGCCAGCCAGAUGUUCUUCUCCUUCAUGUUUGGGUUCACUCACUCCUUCCUGCUCACCGUCAUGGGCUACGACCGCUACGUGGCCAUCUGCCACCCCCUGCGCUACAACGUGCUCAUGAGCCCCCGUGGCUGUGCCUGCCUGGUGGCCUGGUCUUGGGCUGGUGGCUCAGUCAUGGGGCUGGUGGUGACAAUAGCCAUUUUCCACCUCACCUUCUGUGGACCUAAUGAGGUCCACCAUUUCUUCUGCCAUGUGCCACCUCUCUUGAAGUUGGCCUGUGGGGGCAAUGUCUCCGCCGUCGCCAGGGGUGUGGGGCUGGUGUGCAUCAUGGCCUUGCUGGGCUGCUGUCUCCUCAUCCUUCUCUCUUACGCCUUCAUCGUGGCCACCAUCCUGAAGAUCCCCUCAGCCGAGGGCCGGCACAAGGCCUUCUCCACCUGUGCAUCCCACCUCACUGUAGUGGUCGUUCACUAUGGCUUCGCCUCUGUCAUCUACCUCAAGCCCAAGGGUCCCCAGUCUCUGGAAGGAGACACCCUGAUGGGCAUCACCUACACGGUUCUUACGCCCUUCCUCAGUCCUAUCAUUUUCAGCCUCCGGAACAAGGAGCUGAAGAAUGCCAUAAAGAAGACCUUCUUCAGCAAACUCUUUCUCCAGAGCUCCUGAAGUGGGUGGUUUUG